AUGUUCAGACUUUCAUUGUACAACCCCUCUACCUUCAUCCUGCUGGGUAUUCCUGGCCUGGAGGCGGCCCAUGUCUGGAUCUCCAUCCCCUUCUGUGCCAUAUACAUCUUAGCCAUCUUGGGGAACUUCACUAUCCUGUUCAUGGUGAAGACAGAGCCGAGUCUUCAUGGGCCCAUGUACUAUUUCCUCUGCAUGCUGGCUGUCACCGACCUGGUCCUGUCUACGUCCAUCCUGCCCAAAAUGCUGAGCAUCUUCUGGUUCAAUUCCAGGGAGAUCGAUUUCAGUGCCUGCCUCACCCAGCUGUACUUCAUUCCCUGCUUCUUAGUGGUGGAGUCUGGGAUCUUCAUGGCCAUGGCUUUGGAUCGCUACGUGGCCAUCUGCAAUCCCCUGAGACAUUCUACCACUCUGCAAAAUUCUGUGGUGGCCAAGAUUGGACUGGCGGUGGUGCUGCUUGGUGGCAUGAUCAUACUGCCCUCUUUUCUCCUGGUAAGUCAGUGGCCAUACUGCAGAACAAACAUCAUUCCCCACUCGUACUGCGAGCACAUGGCUGUGAUGAAGCUGGCCUGUGCUGACACCCGUGUCAGUAGCUACUAUGGCCUCUUUGUGCUAUUCUUUGUGACUGGUGUAGAUGUGUUUUUUAUCACCGUGUCAUACAUCCAGAUCCUAAGGGCCAUCUUCAGCCUCCCCACAAAGGACGCCCGGCUCAAGACUUUUGGGACCUGUGGCUUCCAUCUCUUUGCCAUCUUAGCCUUUUACAUCCCAGCUCUUUUCUCCUUCCUCACAUACUGUUUUGACCACAAUGUGCCUCUACAUUUCCACGUUCUCACUGCCAAUGUGUACAUCCUCAUGCCCCCCAUGAUAAACCCUAUUAUCUAUGGUGUGAGGACCAAACAGAUCCGGGAGUCACUACGGAAAAGGAUAAAUGGGGAC